GUUGACAUCGUUUCUUGUCGCUCAGCAACCAGGAAAGAAUGCGCACGCGCAGUGCUGCUUAAUCGCUCGAGCCGAAGCUGUUGGGAAGUGGGAACAGAAACAACUAUCAUUAUUAAAUUAAGGCACGUCAAGUGAUGCUGGGAAGUACAAUUAUUAACCAUCGACAACAUGUUGGACUGCAGAAGCUCUCCGGCCUGGCAGGAAUCACACAUUCCUUUUUGGGCCCCAAUAAAAAGUACAAAUUUAUCCAAGAUGAAGUGAGUGGGGAGUCAGCUCUUGUGUUUUCCUGUUUUGGAAUCUUUGAGAACCUGCAGCUCACCUGCGCGGUGGGUCAGCUGGUUUACGAGACUAUUCAAGCCCAACAGAAGGUCUAUCAUACGGGGUCGGGAUGCCUGCUGUUCCUCGCAGGAGCGUGGAGCCGUGCUGCUCUGGAGUUCCUUCAGAGUGGAAUUUCAGUAGCAGACAUAAUCUCGGCUAUGUCUGAAGGAAUGGAUAUAUGCUUAGAUGUUUGCAGGAAAUGCAGUGUCUCCACUGAUGGUCUUGGUGUGGAGAAACCCACUGUGGAGGCUUCACAAGCAUCGGGCCACCUGCAAGGGACAACUAAAGUUGGACACAAGACUCUACACGGCUGUGGACAAAGGAAAAUAAAGCUCAGCAGACACUUUUACGAGGCCAGGUCGGAGAAUGCCUCCCCAGUACCGCAACCUCAUCAGCAGCGUCCUGACAUUAAGCACAUCGCUGAGGGAUUGAGUCACGGUUGUGUCGAUGCGAUGAAUUUAGUUGUCGAAGCCAGCCGAAUACAGUCAAAAAGUAAUCCGCAAGAUAUCAGGUGUUCCAUGUUUGAUGUUACUAAAGUGGUGACUUGUGUGCUACCUGGUUUACCAGAGGACCAAGCAUGUGUUUUACCAGGCUGCAUUGUUCUUGUAUCUGCUGAACAGGCUUUAGUUGCACACCACUUAAAAGAACAGCACUUGAAAGUUGCUCUAAUUAACGGAGAUUUAGCCGAAACCUAUCGCCAUCUUGGCUUUAAAAAGCCAACGGGUAUACAGUGUGUGAGUGACCAGUCAGACUGUUCAAGUUCAAGCAAAGACGAAGAGUGGAUGGAAAAGAUUGUGACACUUCUGUUGAACCUGCAAGUGAACCUGAUACUAGUCAGCGGGCUUGUUAGUGAGAAAGUGAUUCAACGCUGUUGUGAACAUCGAAUGCUUGUGGUGGAAAAAGUGAAGGCUUCCGUUUUAAGGGCAUUCGCUAAUGCAACUGGAGCUGUUCCGGUGACAUAUGCCAUGCAGUGGAGUAAACACUGUGUUGGUUCUGGUGCGAAGGUUGCGAUAUGGAGGGACCUCAGCAGCCAUGAGAGGAAGCCCUCGAUAAGUGUGAAUAUUUCCACUGUUGCGAACAGCGAGUUGGUCACAGUGAUCCUCACCAGCUGUGUACAGAGCAAGCUGCAGGCCGUGGAGGAGCAGUUUUGGGCAUGUGCUUAUCGAUUACACCACACGCUGAAAGACAAAGUCCUCCUGCCCGGUGCUGGAGUGACGGAAAUGCUUUGUAUUCAUCAGCUUCAAAGGCAAGCAACGCAACAUGUCAAGCAUCACAGAGCAGCUAACCACUACAGGGCCGCAGUGUUGCACCUCAUGGCCGAUGGUUUAAUAGAUUACAUAUCCACUGUGAUGGUUAACACUGGACGGGUUUCGAAAGUCCGAGCCAGGACUGCAGUGAGCCAACAACUGCAGGACUGUAACACGUGUCGGGGCGUCGAUGCAAAGUUCUCCCAACUGUUCUUGGAAGGUGAACAAGAAGAUAGUGACGCACCAGCAGUGAAGAUCUACGAUAAUCUGAGUGUAAAGCAGGAAGCGUGGAGGAAAGCUUUAGAUCUGGUGUUCUUGGUCUUACAGACGGAUGCAGAGGUCAUCACAGGCGUUGACCAACAAACUGAUGCUGCACAGGAACAUCUGAUGCUUUUAUGACUUUAAUGCAACUUGUUGGGGAAUAAUCGACCUGCACACCUCACUGAAUGCUGGUUUACUCCAACUGGGGAAUUUCUAUCUCUUUAGAAAUACUUAAAAUGUAACUGGUAAAGUGAAAAUAGAAUAAAGAGUAUAUAUAUUUUA